AUGGCCGAGUAUUGGAAGUCAACACCAAAAUACUGGUGCAAGUUCUGUUCCACUUAUGUAAAAGACACAAAGUUUGAACGCGCGCAGCACGAAGCGACCGGCCGCCACCAAGGCAACAUCCAGCGCAGUCUCAAAGGACUACAUCGCGAGCAGGAAAAUGAGAAGCGCAACCAAGCGCGCGCGCAGGCUGAAGUCGCGCGGCUGAAUGGUUUGGUAUCUUCUUCAUCGGGCCCCUCGGUCGCGACUGGCGUAGGCGGCAAGCCCACGUUCGAGAAGCGACCGGAGAAGAAGGCAACUUUGGAAGACAGAAAAAGACAAUGGGAGGAACUGGCGGCUAUGGGUGUUGCGAUACCUACAGCCGCUCGUGGUGACCUAGCGAUGGCGGGAGAGUGGAAGACAGUAUCGGAGGAAGUGGUUGGAGAAGUGAAUGAGGACGGUGAAUUUAAGGCGACAUCUCUAAACAAGGGUGUACGAAAGAGACAGCUCGAUGAGGACGAAGAAGAGCAAAAGGCCGCUGGAGAGCUGAUCACUAAGAAAAAAGGCUGGGGAAACACUUUCAAGCACUUUCCAGGCAGCAAGGGAGGCGAUGACGAUAUUGAGAGUUUGUUUGGAAAGAGAGAGAAGUCAGGUGUGGAGGCACAGCCUGAGGUGAAGAAGGAGGAGCCAGAUGAUGGUGUGAAAGCAGAGGUGGAAGAUGAUGCUGACACGAAAACACUAAAGGACAUACCUACCGCAGAAGAGGCCGAAGCCACAGCUGCUGAAGUGGUAGUCAAGAAGGAGGAGGGGGAUGCGCCGGCAGCACCAGCCGUUGUCUUCAAGAAGAGGAAGAAGGCGAAAUGA